AUGCUACUUGAGCCUGUCCCGCGGCGGAGCACAUUCAGGACGUUGACAGUGAUGAUCGCUCUUUUUUCCGCCGAGUUCAUUGCCGCUCUGAACACGACCAUCGUAGCCACUGCAAUCCCCACGAUAUGCUCCGACCUCCAAUCGGCAUCUGGCUACUCCUGGAUCGGUGCCUCCUAUGUCAUUGCCACGACCGCUGUCGGCCCAAUCUGGGCCAAACUGUCCGACAUAUGGGGCCGCAAGCCUAUCCUGCUGCUGACCGUGGCUCUGUAUUUUGCCAGCUCCAUCAUAUGCGCGGCCUCGAGCAGCAUGGGCAUGCUCAUCGUGGGUCGGACUCUCCAGGGCGUGUCCGGCGGCGGUCUGGGUUCUCUGAUCAAUAUUGUCGUAUCUGAUUUGUAUAGUAUGAGGACUCGUCCUCUCUUUCUCGGCCUUCUUCAAGUCACCUGGGCUGUCGCCGGGGGCCUUGGCCCAGUGCUCGGCGGUGCCUUCACCCAGCUUCUGUCGUGGAGAUGGAUUUUCUGGAUCAAUCUUCCAGUCGCUGGGGUCGCGUUCUGCCUAUUACUCCUUUUCCUAGACGUGCAUGAUCCCAAGACCAAGUUCGCCCAGGGCAUGAGGGCCAUCGAUUGGGCCGGGAGCGUUUCCAUCAUAGGCCUCAUGGUCAUGGUGCUACUCGGUCUGAACUUUGGAGGUACCGUGUACCCGUGGGACUCUCCGAAGGUCAUCUGCCUUGUCGUGGUUGGUGCUUUGAUGGCCAUUGUGUUUCUCUUCAACGAGGGUCGACUGGCACGCCACCCCAUCAUGCCCCUUGGCCUGUUCCGCCACAAGUCGAAUGCCGCAUGCCUUGCUCUCGGCUUCACACAACAUUUUGUCCUCAACAUGGCAGAGUACUACCUCCCACUCUACUUCCAGUCGGCCAAGGAAGCGUCGCCUCUCCGAUCGGGAGUGCUUCUGCUUCCACUGAUCGUGCUCACAGCACUCACGGCGGCGGCGGCGGGGAUCCUGAUCCACCAGCUCGGUCGAUACGUCGAGCUGAUCUGGCUCGGCAUGACUCUGCUGACGUUCGGCAACGGCCUGUACGUAUGGCUCGACGCCACCUCGUCCCUGGGUUCAAUCGUUGCCUUUGAGAUCAUUGCUGGCCUGGGCACCGGUCUUCUCUUCGACCCGCCCCUGAUCGGCCUUCAAGCGCUGGUCUCGCAAGACGACACGGCCACCGCCACCGCCACUCUCGGCUUCAUGCGCGGCAUCGGCGUGUCUCUGUCCAUCGUCAUCGGCGGCGUCAUCUUCCAGAACGGAAUGCACCUGCGGAGCUCGACUUUGCGCCACCACGGACUGCCGGCCGAUCUGGUCCAGCAGCUGUCGGGCCCCGACGCCGCCACCAACAUCGAUCUCAUUGCCACCGUCUCCGACCCGGCCCAGCGCCUGGCUGUCGAGCAGGCCUUCGCCUGGAGCCUGCGGAAUCUCUGGAUCCUGUCGACCUGCAUCGCAGCGUGUGGUCUGCUUGCCAGUGCGCUCGUCACCAAGAAAGAACUGACCAAGGAGCACACCGAGACGAGGACCGGCAUUGCAGAAAAGACGGAGAGCAUGGUCAUUGUGCAGGACGGUCGAGGUCGGGAUGCUGCACAUGCACGUCCUGCUGUUGGCAACGAACACGAACACAACCACGAAUACGAACGCGAUGGCGAACACAACCACGAACUCGAACACGUCGCCGCUUAA